AACGAACCCUAAGUCAUCUCUCUCACUUUCACUUUCACUGACUUCUCAUCACCCACUUGGAUCCGUUGUCACCAUGUUUGUGUCUUCUCAACAACACAACACAAACACGGAACCGCCACAAUUUGUCCCCAUUAUAUUCCACUUUUCUCCUCCAACAUUAUUCAUCUUUCAUUUCACACCACACCAUGUCAACUUCAAGUGAAUACCUCGAAACCCUCUUAACCUCAGCUAAACCCUUCAUCCGUAACGAACUCAGUUCCAUCAACACCAAUCUCCCAUCCUUAAUAACCAUCCUCCAUUCCCGUGGUGCAUCAGAAUGUUGGCACAAACACGGUACUUUCCUCGAACACCUUGUCGACAUUUUCCGAAUCCUCCACCUUUGGAAAUCCCCAUACCCCGUCUCCCUCUGUGGACUCUUCCACUCAGCAUACUCCAAUUCCUACGUCAACCUCGCCAUCUUCGACCCUUCAACCUCUCGCGAAAUAGUUCGCGAACACGUAGGCGUAGAAGCUGAGCGUUUGAUUCAUUUGUUUUGUGUUGUUCCUAGACAAACUCUUAUUCACGAUGAUCUUCUUUUUCAUUACACUGAUAAGGAGCUCUGUGAUGAUCUUGAAAAAUCAGAAUUGUCUUUGAAGGAUGCAAAGGAGAAGGGGAUUUUUAAUGGGGAUGAAAGAUGGAGGAAGAAACUGCAGGGUCUUGUUCCUGUUGAUGGGGUGAAAGUGAAGCAUAUAAGAACUGGUGAAGAUGUGAAUGUUUCGAGGAGGGUUGUGGCGGUUUUUGUUAUGAUGACUAUGGCUGAUUUUUCUGAUCAGCUUUUUGGUUUUCAGGAUAUGCUGUUUGAGAAUUUUGAUGGUAGGCUUGAGUUUAAAGGGAACAAUUUUGGUGCUGUUUGGCCUGGAAAUGGUAAACCGGGUUUAUGGUUGAAUUCGAUUUCGAGAAUGGGAGCUGUUUAUAAUUUGAUUUUGAGAGAGGAAGAGAUUUUCUUGGAAGAGAAGAAACGGGUAGGAGUUGGAGAAGGAGAAGGAAGAGUUAAUGUUGUUGAUUGUGAGAGAGAUGAGGACAUUGAGUUGGUUUUGCCGCCGGUUUUCGAUAAAUGUUCAAAGGUUUUGGAUGCAGGGGAUCAAAUAGUUGCAAGGGAUUUGUAUUGGGAAGCAUUGAGUUGUGAAGAAGGGAUGGAGAAGAUUGAGGAGUUGUUGGUGAAGAGUAUUGAGAAAAACCCUUUUGUGGGAGAGCCACAUGUGGUGUUGAGUCAAGUUUAUUUGACAAAGGGGAGAUUUGAAGAGGGUGAGAGAGAAUCUGAGAGAGGAUUGACUCUUUUGCUUGAGUGGGGAUGUCAUUGGGAUAAAAGGGUUUCUUGGGAAGGUUGGAUUUCAUGGACUAGAGUUUUGUUGAUGAAGGCAAAAGAGAAAUCUUGGCCUAAUAAUUCAUGGGGUAUCCUCAAUUUAGGUCUUGUAAAGUAGUAAAGUAGUAAUGUAACUAUUUUGUGUGGUUUUCUAUAUAUUCCUUCUAUGAGAUGUAAGUUGUGUUUAUAGGUU